AUGAUGAAGCAACAGAAAAAACAUUCAGUUCUGCUGCUGCUGCUGCAGCAGCAGCAGCAGCAGCUGCUGCUGCAGCAGCAGCAGAUGCAGCAGCAGCAGCAGCAGCAGCAGCAGCAGCAGGUUAACCAGGAUAUCUUAGAGGCGUGUAGAGCAGAUGCAGGCAGUUUAUUGGGGUGGAUGGGUAUAGCUGCUGGUGCCGCUGCAGCUGCUGCUGCAGCUCCUGCUGCCGCCGCUGCAUGCGCUCCCGCAGCUGCCGCUGCUGCUGCCGCAUCUGCAGCAGCCAGCGCUCCUGCUGCUCAUACUGCAGCAGCAGCGGCAGCUCCUCCUCCUCCUCCUGCUCAGCAGCAGCAGCAGCAGCAGCACGCUGCUGCAGCAGCAGCUCUGGCUCAUCGACAAACAAACUCAGUCUAUCAAUGCCCUCAGCCAGAUCCACAAAACCUAGCAGCACACGUGCAGCAGCAGCAGCAGCAGCAGCAGCAGCAGCAGAUGCAGAAGCAGAAGAAGCAGCAGAAGCAGCAGCAGCAGCAGCAGCAGGAACGGCAGAAAAGGGAAGGUUAUAGCCAUGGUGAUGGCUUUGCUGCUGCUGCUGCUGCUGCUGCUGCUGCUGCUCUACAGCAGCAACAGCAGCAGCAGCAACAGCAGCAAGAGCAGCAGCAGCAACAGCAGCAGCAGCAGCAACAGCAACAGCAGCAACAGCAGCAACACCAGCAGCAACAACAGCAGCAGUAG